AUGGCCGAUAUCGACCGCGAACUUGAGCAAAGAAAGACGCAGGAAACGAUGAUGGUCGAAGUAACGGAAACAAACAAGACCGGUGAAAAGGCUUCGUUUGAUACAAAGAUCUCAAACCGAGCAAAUCACAAGGCAGAAACACUCGGCUUCUGGUGCCUAAAGCCGAACAAUGACCAACAUGAGUUUUGA